AUGGCAAAGUUACAAAUGUCAACAUUUUUUAUUCUCUUCAUGCUAGUGGUUUCCACAACUGCAAUGUCGAUUAAGGAUGAUAUCGUAAACCUUGAAAAACGAACCUUAUGCUCUAAUUCUAAAAGAAACAUUUUGAGUAAAAGAAACGAUGAAGUAUGCAAAUGUACAAUCGCCGAAUCGGUUUUCAGUACUGAAUUUAGGGGAUUUUCCUUUUACUCUCAAGACGAGUGCGGCCAAACUACCAUCGCAGGAAUGUUCAGCCGGGGAUUUGAGACUUUGAAUGAUACUAGCGAUAUUUAUUUCCAAAUCGUUGAUAGUUGUGAUCGCUUACUUUAUGAUCUCACGGAAGGAUUAAAUGUUCAAAUUAACAAUGACGGGAGCACAGAUCCUUUCUUAUACACAUUUUCCGAAAUCAAUUUGGAUUGUUUUGACGAUGGUAUUCUUUUCCCACAAGUUGGUAAAAAUAGCAAACGCAAUUGUAAUUUAAAUCGACGUCAAGACGGUAAUAAUGCUAUGGCUGUUAAAAAGGGUACUGACGUUGUAGCGAAAGCAAGUGUUGAUAAUGUGCCAAGAUAA